AUGGCAGACAAGCUGACAGAACAAUGGGAGAAAUUCACUCUUUUGGAGGAGGAGAGUGUGGGGGUGGAUAUUCCGGAACAUGAAAUUGAAAUGGUGGUGUCUCAAGGGUCGUUGAGCAUUGUUGGGAAGUUGUUGUCGAAUCUAGUAGUGGGGAAGGAUAUUGUCAGAAUACCUAUGGUGUGGGCAUGGCACCUAUCUGGAUGGGUGAAAUUCAAGGAUCUUGGACCGAACUUGUUUCUAAUUGAGUUCGAGCAUUCCUGGGACAAAUCCAGGAUUUUGGAGGGAUGUCCGUGGACAUUUGAUGGACAUUUGCUCUCUCUGGUGGAUUUCGACGGGAUGACGCCUCCUCAUUUGUUGGAGUUCGAAAAAGUGGCAUUCUGGGUACGCAUUUUUAAGCUCCCACUUGGAUGUAUGGGAAAGGCAACCCGAUAUCGAAUUGGAUCCACUGUAGGGGAAGUGAAGGAGGUCGAUGUGAAUGAAGAUGGUAUAGGAUGGGGGGAGUUUUUAAGGGUACGUAUUGUGCUUGAUUUAACGAAAGAUUUCUGA